UCCUGUCCCCACCUUCAGGCUUAGUGGAGGAUCAGACGUCGUUGGGGAGGAACCCUACGUAACGUUUUGGGGCCUAACCUUUUCCGCGAUGCGUUACGCGACGGCUCGUCCUCGCGAGUUCCCGGUCCAUUUUGCGCCUGCCCGGUUCACUCCAACCGGACCGCUCCACCGUGCUUCCACUAUAUAAUGGACAGCCCACUCUGCUGUAUUUGCUUCUGGUUGUUGUCCUCGCAAGGAGGGCGAGAGAUCUGAGCCAGAGGAAGGCGGAGAGAAGAUGGGCUCGGCGGCGGCAGAUGCCAGUUUGGAAUUGAGGCUGUUCGCCGCAAGAAGCGUCACCCGUUCACUGAAGGAGGCGCCGGCGAUGGAGAAGGGGGAUGGGAGGAAGGCGAAGCUGGAGGAGUAUGUAACGAGGUUGGAGGAAGAGAAGAAGAAGAUCGAAGCUUUCCAACGGGAGCUUCCUCACUCCAUGCAUCUGCUCACCGAUGUGAUCGAUGGGUUGAAGAAGGAGCUCGGGGAAUGCAAGAUGGGCGAGAGUUGUGCGCGUGUCUUAGGAGAAUUCAUGCCCAAAAAGAGCAAAUUCGAAGAGAAGGGAGGGGUAAAUCCGGAAGCAGACUGCAAGGAGAAGAGGAAUUGGAUGAGUUCCGCCCAGCUCUGGAGCGAUAACUCCAACAGAAGCAAUUACGAGGAGAAUGAAAAUGAGAAGGAAGUCCUGGGAGAGAGAGGCGAGGAGCUCAGUCGCCCAAGGAAGAAGGAGAGCUUGCACUUGGAGUCCAAGAGUCUGAGUGGUGGCAGCGCAUUUGUGCCGUUCAAAGCCCCGCCGGCCCUGUCAGCCAGCACAAAGAAGCAGGAGAAGCCUUCCAUCACUCUGCCAGACCUGCUGCUUCAGGCGUCUGCCAUGGACAACGGAAAUCUCACUCCUGCUGCCGUCGCUGAGGGCCGCCUCGUCGGUGACCCAGUCUCAGAGGGCAUCGGUAGAGCCCCAGCUCUGGCGACGGCCAACGACCGCAUAAGCUCGCAGACCCAGCAGCAGCAGCCGAGAAAAGUGAGGCGGUGCUGGUCACCGGAUCUGCAUCGCCGAUUCCUCGUCGCUCUUCGGCUGCUGGGCGGUGCUCAUGUGGCUACUCCCAGGCAGAUCAGAGGACUGAUGGAGGAGGAUGGCCUCACCAAUGAUGAAGUGAAAAGCCAUCUCCAGAAAUAUCGACUGCGGAUGACUAGUUCUUCGAAUGCUAAGAAUCGACCCGCUGCAAUAGGAGGAGGUGGAUGGGUUCACGAAGAGCAGCAUAGUGCUUCCUUGCAGCAGAGCGUUCCUCAGUCUGGUUCUCCAGAGAGUCCUCUUCGGCUACCUGUGGCUUCGACUACUGGAGAUAGCUGCGAGGAAGAAGAUAGGAAAUCGGAGAGCCAUAAUUGCGUCUGAGAAAACAUGACAGGAGAGGUGAAACCGGGAAAUAAUGUACAGAAAGUUCUCGAGAGUUUUGUUGAUAGAAUAGCCGAAAGGACUAAUGUGUUUGAAGCAGGAUGACAUGAUGUUACAUAGUAAAAGCGGGGCAUAGCUCAUGCUGGGCACGGAAAUGAUUGAGCUCCAGAAGACAUACUUCGAGCAGGAUUCUGAA